GAAGGUCAAACCAACCACUCUCAUUCACUCCUCACUCUGAUUUCUCCAGCUUCUUCAUGAAACUUGUAUAUGGUUUUCCUUUGUUCAGCGCUCUGUAUCUCUCUACUUUCUCAUAAUCUAUCAAAGUAGAAUGGCGAGGCCUAGCAACAAGAACAUACAAGCCAAGCUGGUGGGUGCUUGUGGGGGAUAUGGGAACUGGGAAAACCAGCUUGGUGUUAAGAUUUGUGAAAGGCCAAUUUUUCGAACACCAGGUUCACAUUCAGGGCUUGUUUCCGAACCAACCAUAGGAGCAGCAUUUUUCACUCAGUUAUUAUCAUUAAAUGAAGCCACUGUGAAAUUUGACAUAUGGGACACAGCAGGACAAGAGCGAUAUCAUAGCCUGGCUCCAAUGUACUAUCGUGGUGCAGCAGCAGCGGUUGUUGUGUAUGACAUCUCCAAUGUGGAUACAUUUGUUCGAGCCAAAAAAUGGGUUCAAGAACUGCAAAAACAAGGAAACAAGAACUUGGUAAUGGCAUUGGUUGCAAACAAGUGUGAUUUGGAAUCAAAGAGAGAAGUGAACACUCAGGAGGGGGAAAAACUCUCAGAGGAAAAUGGGAUGUUCUUCAUAGAAACAUCAGCCAAAACUUCUCUCAACAUCAAUGAGCUCUUCUAUGAAAUAGCAAAGCGGCUAGCAAUAGCUCAACCAUCACAGCCUUCUGGGAUGAAUCUGCAUGAGACAGAAAACAGUGGAAGAAGACUAUUUUGUUGCUCAGUAUGACAGAAUAGUCUCUGGGUCGCAAAGUUUUCUAUACCUCGAGUCUUACUUCAACAUCAGAUUAUCAUUUGGUCUCAAGGUGUUAUAUGUACUCUUGAUAUUUGUAAAGAAAUCAUUCACAAAGAAAACUGAAAUGGUGACAGUUUUUGUCAAAGGUUCAGAAGAAGUUGUACUAUUAUGUAUAUUUUCUGUUUUUAUCUGUUGAUUGUGCAUUGGAAGAGUCCUUGCAAAAGUUUGUUUGGUUUCUUGAUU